AUGGCACAUGAAGUUGUUGAAAAAUCAUUGAAAGCUGCAAUGUAUAAAUUGAUUGGUAUUAAUCCUUCCAGUGAAUCACUAGUUCAUCAUCACCUAGCAAGUCAUGCUCGUGCUUUAUCAUCUGAAAAACCUGGCCAGCUUGAGGAACUACCAAGGAUAGCAUCAACAAUGGAAAGUACAUAUCUUGAUACUAGGUUUCCAAACAAGCAUCCUAAACCGAAAGCACCAGUCGAUGUGUAUCUUCCUGAUGAAGCCAGGAUUAAUGCUCAAAUGGCUGAAUGGCUACAGCAAGCAAUAGUGAUGACUGUCGUGGAGCAUGCUGUGGUAAGAUCUGGUGCAGACUGUCAUGCACCAGAUAUUGGGAGAGUUGGUCAAGGUGGUCGAAAAACUCCAGCUCAACCACCCCCACCUACAACAAAUGAAAGGACUUCUCGUGACUACGAUGACAGCACAUGGGAAAUAGUGGAUACACCUCAUGAUGCAUUCAUUAAUGGUGAGUAUGAUAGAUAUAGUUCAAAAGAGCAGGGCUAUCUUCCAAAGAAUGUGACUUGGUAUCGCAAACACUUUAAUCUACCAGCCGACUGGAAGGGUAAGGUUAUAUGGGUGUACUUUGAGGGAGUCUUUAAAGGAUCAAAUAUUUAUCUGAAUGGACAGCAUCUCCAUUAUGAGGAUUCUGGCUACACUAGUUUCACUGUUAGGCUUGACAAGGCCUCCAGUAUAUUCUUUGGUGAUGGUCAAGAAAAUGAUAAUGUACUUGUAGUGCAAAGUACCCCAAACUUUGGUUAUUCUGGCUGGUGGUAUGAAGGAGGGGGUAUUUAUCGUAACACGUACCUUGUUGCUGCUGAUGUCAUUCAUUUCUUACCUAAUGGAAUUUACGUUGCCACUACAGUCAAUGGAGAUUUUCACCCACAUUAUCCAGGGGAUAUCAGUGAAGGAGACUAUGUAGAUUCAGUGACACUUGAUAUCAGUAUGGAUGUCAUCAAUGACGACAAUCAAGAACAAAAAAGAUACUAUCAAAUUACAGUCUUUGAUGCAGAUGGAAGGCAAGUGGGUUACACCAUGUCACCCCCUAAUACCUUUAACCCUGGACAAUCCAAGAUACUACGUGGUUCAAUCACAGUAAACAAUGCUGAAGCAUGGAGCCCAGCAAGACCAUAUCUUUAUACAGUGAAGUGUGACUUGUGGACUGGUGUAGUGACUGAUACCAUUAAUGUAACUCUUGGAGUAAGAAGGGUGAAGUGGGAUGCAGACCAGGGAUUCUUUUUGAAUGAUGUCCGUUUUACGUGGAAAGGCUUUAACAAUCACAAUGACUUCACUGGAGUUGGUAUAGCUGUCCCUGACAGGAUUAACCUAUUUAGGGCUCAGUCAAUGAGAGCAGUGGGUGCUAAUUCAUGGCGUAUGUCACAUAACCCUCCAAUACCAGUCAUGCUUGAUAUUAUGGAUAAUAUAGGCAUUCUAGUAUGGGAUGAGAACAGAGAGUAUGGUAAUGGUUCUAUCAGGGUAGCCAAUCAGAGGAGCAUGGUGAAGAGGGAUAGGAACCAUCCUAGCAUCAUGGCUUGGUCUUUUUGUAAUGAUGAAGAGUGCAAUCAUGGUGAUCAGGAUGAGAAGAUAGCAAAGGAGUUUAGAGAAGUAUCAAAAGAAGCUGAUCCCAAUCGUCCAGUGACUGCUAACAUGAACUCUAAUUUCGGGAAUAAUUUGACUUUACUGAUUGACCUGCAAGGUUUUUCUCAUCAAUCUGGUAGUGUGUUUGACGACUUUCACGAAAAAUUUCCCUCAAUGCCUACCAUUGGGUCUGAGUGCUGCUCAUGUGCAACACAAAGAGGUGAAGACUUUCCUGACAGUUCAAAUUAUAUACUUGGCAAUUUUAAUGCUGACUGUAACAAAGCUCAGACUGAGAACCAACUGAAUAGAUUGUUUGUUGCUGGAUGCAUGGUAUGGACACUGUUUGACUAUUAUGGUGAACCGUCAUUCAAUGGCUGGCCUCAUGUUUCUUCUUCCUUUGGUUCAAUUGACUUGGCCGGAUUUGCAAAAGCCUCAGCUUACUGGUAUCGCUCAUGGUGGCUUUACAAUGGCCUACGAAAUAACACUAAUGGAGGGGUUGAUGUGCCUCUUAAUCCUCCAAAGCUUGUAAAUCCUGGAGCAUCAGCUACUGAAGAUAAUGCUGAAGAUGGCUAUCUGGUACACAUUGUUGAGCAUUGGGAGGAAAAUGAAGCAGCAAAACUACGGACCAUACAUGUAUACACUAAUGCCCCAUCAGUUGAGCUUAUAAUUAAUGGACAAUCACAAGGAGUGAAGGAGCUAGUGUGGCAAGGCUGGGCACAGUGGGAUAACAUAACUUAUGAAGCUGGUUAUAUCACAGCAACAGCUAUUGAUGACAAAAACUCUGUAGUAGCAACACACACAGUAUUAACAGCUGGGGAUGCUGAAAGGAUACGAGCAAUCAUUGAUGUUCCUAAUGAAGACACUGGAACAGGAUCAGCUCUACUCCUGGAUGGACAAGAUGCUGGUAUGGUGAGUGCUGCUUUGCUUGAUGGAAGUGGUAAGAUUGCUCACGGUUCCUCACUUAAUGUGUCAUUUAGUAUUGUGAGUGGACCAGGAAGGAUUGUAGGAGUUGGCAAUGGAGACCCAGCCUGUCAUGAGCCAAACCAAGCAACAUGGAGGAGUGCUUAUCAUGGCCUUGCUCGGGCAAUUGUACAAGUGACUGAAGACCAAGUAACACCAAACAGGCACCGGAUUAUACAGAUAGACAGAGAUGGAGGUAAAAGGACUCUCAUAGGAGAUCCAACAGCUUCAAGAGCAUCACUGGAUGGUAUAGUAGUAGAGGUAUCUGCUCCAGGAGUUGGUACUGCAACUGUAACUAUACCUGUUAGCACUGACCCUAGUGACGGAGUUCUUACCACAGCCAGAAAAACCCGCCAGUAAAAAUAUAUAAUGCUACUGCUUAUAAUACAUAAUGCUUGAUAUAUAUAAUGCUAUACUGCUACUGCUACUGCUUAUAAUCUAACUUUGCUAUAACCUAACUGUUUUAUAGUUUUCAUUACAAAAGAUACCAAUCUAUAUUGAUCUGUGUGUUAAUGUGAA